GUCGACUCUGGUGUGAGAGUUAACUGUUCCACUGUUCGCAUUGCUGCUUCACUGGGAAAUCUUACAAAAUGAAAGCAACUCUUCUGUUGUUCGUGUUAUCAGUCUAUAUUCCAAUUUGCAUUGGGAGAAAUGUUAAAGCCUUACACGCGUAUGAUUAUGUACACAAACCUCGUCUGGUGAUAAGAGGCAGCGAAUUUUCGGACGAAGGUUGUGAAGAUUUGCCAAAGUGGAAGAAUAAUUGCCCAAAAUGGGCAACUGACGAAUAUUGCAAAUCGAAAUUUAUGCAGCAUUACUGUAGAGGAACCUGCAAAGUUUGCGGCGAAACAGUACCGCCUCCAGGGCCCAUCGAAAAAAAGCCACCAGCGCCUCCUGCAGCUUUCUGUCAAGACUAUGACAAAAGGUGUGGAUUCUUUAAGAGAGUUGGACUGUGCGAAAAUCCUGAACAAAGGGAACACAUGGCAAUUUACUGUGGAGUGACUUGUGAAAUGUGCCAGGCACCCACCCCAGAGGAAUGCUACGACAAAUUUGAUCAUUGUAAAGAAUUGAAGGAAGCCGGAGACUGUUCCUCUUCUGACCCCAAAAAGGUUUAUGAAGUGAAAACAAAUUGUCUGGUUACGUGCGAGUUCUGUGCUCCUGACUCAGCUCCUUAACCUCUGAGCUACAGUUCAAACUCUGAAGAAAAGACGGCCAGUUUGACCUCUUUGAAAACACAGUUACCUGCUGCCUGAAGUAAUGUAAACAGCUGAAAUGGGCUGUUAACUAAAAAAACUUAUAAGUAAGCUUAUCGUCAGUUAAUACUAAAUUUUUG